GGGGCGGGGUGGCCGUUAGGUGAGGCGUGCCAUGAGGCCUCAGGCGCCUCUGCUGCCAACUGUGAGCGAGCUGUCGGCGCGCGCGCUCCGACUAUAGCUGUGUCAGUGUGUUAUGAUGCCGUCUCGUACCAACCUGGCUACUGGAAUCCCCAGUAGUAAAGUGAAAUACUCAAGGCUUUCCAGCACAGACGAUGGCUACAUUGACCUUCAGUUUAAGAAGAGCCCUCCUAAGAUCCCAUAUAAAGCCAUUGCGCUUGCUACAGUGCUGUUUUUGAUUGGUGCCUUUCUCAUAAUCAUAGGCUCCCUUCUGCUAGCUGGCUAUAUCAGCAAAGGGGGGGCAGACCGGGCUGUUCCCGUCCUGAUCAUUGGCAUCCUGGUGUUCCUGCCAGGAUUUUACCACCUUCGCAUCGCCUACUAUGCAUCCAAAGGCUACCGGGGUUACUCCUACGAUGACAUUCCAGAUUUUGAUGACUAGCACCAACUCUCAACCCUGAGGAGAAGAGUCACAGAUGGGACUGAGACCCAGCUUUAAGAUAUUGAACAGAAACUGGCUAAGGGCUAAGGAGUUCUGCAGUUUGAGAUGUUAAACAAAAGAAUGGCCAUCCUCAAGAUGUCAACUGAGCUUACAAUUACAAAUUAACUAAUUAGGACAUGUUCUAUUUUUCAACUCCUGGCUCUGGCAAAAGCUGACAAGUUUUUCCACACGAAUAUGUAUCUUGGAAGAGUAGCGGUGUUAAUGGUGUGGGAAAGCAGGAGGUUACCCUGUAGUGGAGAGUGUUACUGCUGCCACCCUAUUUAGAGUUCAGCAUUUCUUUUAAAUCAUCCUCAUUGUCAGUUCUGGUAGCAAAUGGAAAAAUUUAAUAUGUCAAAUUUCAUAUUACUUGUAAUUUAUCUUGAAAACAUCUAAGUAUCUUACCCCUACACUCAUCUCUCACUUUGUGUGCUAGUGGAAGACCUUGGCAAACCAAAUGUCAGUGUGGGUGCAUCAGUAAUAUUUUUUACUUGCUUUCUUAUUAACAGCAGCCAGGACUUUUUUAAAUCUCAGAGCAAGUUUCCAGAAGGUAAACACCUCUGUUCACCAAUCCUUAGUCAGCUUUGAUUUGGUCCACCAGUAAGUUGGCCAGCAUAAUUUGGGUUAUUCUGUUCUUCGUAGAUCAAGAUGUUCUGUAUAUCGUGCCUUUAAGGACUGGACUUUGGCUGUUUCCUAAGGAAAAAAUGUAGAUAAGUGAUUGUUAUUUAGAGAUUAUAAACCUAUGGUUAGCACCUUGCAUUAUGAUGUCAUUCUGCUGAAGACUGCAAGACUCAACCUGGAUCCCUAGAUGGACUAGACUGCCUUAGUUUGAUUCUGUUUCCUAGCUUGCACGAAGUGACGUAUUCAAAAGAAAUUAAAAUGCCAAAAUCUAAA